GCGGGAGGCGGAGGCGAAGCAGCGGUGCGGGAGCAGCAUCGUCAUGGUUACCUCUGCACGGCUCCGCUCUGCCGUGGGCUCCGGACCUGCGUCCGUCCGCCUGCGUGUGCCCGUGCCUGGGUCACCCCUCUCCCAGCCCUGCGCGCUCUCUCCCUCCUCGUCUCCGUCUCCCCGUGCCUUCCAGAGGCAGAGCGGCGUGAAGCGCCGCCUGCGUGAUUCCUUUCAGCCCCCCAAGCCGUGCUGCAGCGGAAGGGCAGAAGUUGCUCGCCCCACCCCGGCCCACCUUCCUCCUCCUCCUCCUCCUCCUCGCAGGCAAGGGCUGUGAAGGCACAAGGAGGACGCGUGGUGCUCCGAGCUCCUCUCGUGGGUUCUUCCUUCUCGAGCACCUCGUGGUGGUGAAGAUGCCAGGGCUGAUCAACCAGAGCUCCCAUUGCCCACUGCUGCUCACCGCCUCCGAAGUGACAUCCUGUGUCAGUGGUUAUGCCCUGGGCAUGACAGCAUCGCUCACCUACCGCAACCUGCAGGCACAGCCCUGCAAAGGGCUCUUCGUCUUCCCCCUGGAUGAAGGCACCACCGUCGUGGGGUUUGAGGCAGUGAUCUGCCAGCGUGCUGUGACCGUGCAGAUAAAGGACAAAGCCAAGAUUGAUGACGUGUAUUCGGACAGCAUCAGCUUCCCUGAUGGAGGAGCUCCCGACGGGGGUGGAAGGAUUGUGAUGGAUGAGGACUUGGAGAGGAUUGCUUUUGUGGCCAACCUGGGCACGAUUCCUCCCCUGGAAAGCGUCUCCAUCUUCAUCAGCACCUCCUCUGAGCUGCAGACGCUGCCCAGCGGGGCCGUGCGGGUCCUCCUGCCAGCUGUGUGUGUCCCCAUGGUCCCCCAGCCCAGCCUGCACAACGCCAGCAGCCUUUCCAGCCACCUGCCGCAAACGGACAAGCAGUGCUGUGCAUCGGGGAGCCCAGAGCUUGGGAGCAGUUGCUGUCUGGCUCAGCUGCUGCAGAGAGAGGCCACCAACCCCUCUGAGUACGAGUUCAGCUUCCACCUGGAGAUCCGAGGGCCGUGCUUGCUGGCAGGCGUUGAGAGCCCCACGCAUGAGAUCCGAGCAGAUGCCGACCCCUCUGCCCGCUCAGCGAAGAGCAUCGUCAUCACGUUGGCCAACAGGCACACAUUUGACCGACCCGUGGAGAUCCUCAUCCACCCGAGUGAGCCCCACAUGCCUCACAUCUUAAUGGAAGAAGGUGAUAUGACGCCUGCAGAGUACGAACAGCACUUGAAGGGGAAGAAUGAUUUCAUUAAAGGCACGAAGAAGGACCCCAGCGCUGAGAAAAAGACGGAAAUCAUCCGGAAGCGCCUGCACAAGGACAUCCCCCACCACCCCGUCCUCAUGCUCAACUUCUGCCCCGAGCUCAGCACAGCCCCGGCAGACCUGCAGAAAGCUGCUGGAGAGUUCAUCUUCCUGGUGGACUGCAGUGGGAGCAGCACGAGCAUCGGCCGUGCCAAGGACGCCCUGUUGGUGGCCCUCAAGAGCCUGACGCCAGCGUGCCUCUUCAACAUCGUCACCUUCAGCUCCACCUUCAAGAUCCUAUUCCCAGCCAGCAGGACGUACUGCGAGGAGAGCCUGGCCGUGGCCUGCGAGAGCAUCAGGAGGAUGCAUGCCGACACGGGGAGCCCCAACAUCUUGUCUCCUCUCAAGUGGAUUGUCCGGCAGCCCAUCCGCAGGGGCCACCCCCGCCUGCUCUUCCUGCUGUCUCAUGGGGCCAUCAGCAAUGCGGGGACGGUGCUGGAGCUGCUGCGGAACCACUCCUGCUCCACCAGGUGCUACAGCUUCGGCAUCGGGCCCCACGCCUGCAGGAGGUUGGUGCAGGGAGCAGCUGCUGUGUCCAGGGGCAUCGCUGAGUUCCUGGUGGAGGGCGAGCGGCUGCAGCCCAAGGUGGUCAGGUCGCUGAAGAAGGCGAUGGCCCCGGUGCUGAGCGACGUGUCGGUGGAGUGGGUCUUCCCCGAAAGCACCGAGGCGUUGGUUUCCCCGCUCAGCUCCAGCUGCCUCUUCCCCGGGGACCGCCUGGUGGGCUACAGCAUCAUCUGUGACACCUCCCUGUACAUCUCCAAGCCCAGAGCCCUCUGCUCUCCCCAGGACAAGAGGCGGCGGUACAGCACCAUGCGCUCCCAGGAGUCGGGCAGCUCCGUUUUCUUUCAUUCCCAAGAAGAGGGGACAUGUGUUGAGAGCUGGAGCUACCCAGAGGGAUGCGGCACCCCGGAUCAGCUGGCGGCAGGCAGGGACCCCAGCGGAGAAUCAGACACGGAUGCCGAUGCGAAGGCGUCCUGCAGGAGACGUGCAUACAGUGCCAACCAAAUCUCCGACCGCCAGCCCCUCCCCAAGGAGCCCACGGCCAGCGACCCGGGCAGUGCAUUACUGAGGAACCCCCUCCGCAAAACCCAGCUGCAGGACCUGCAGCAGCUCAGCCCUGAGCUACAGCCCGUGCAUUUCCAGCCCUUCGCUGCCACCCCACGCAUCUCCACAGCCUGGAUCUGCAGUGCGGGUGCCCGUCGGCCCUCCCUGCUGCAGCAGAGCCAUGUGUCCCCCUGCCACUGCCCCACGUCCCCACCAGCACCUGACGUGGCUGUGGGGUGGGCUUCGGGGCUGCUCGAUGCCAGCCUGCAGUCCUCAUCCGACAGCCGGAGCCCUGGGGAGCCGGAGGCUGCCCAGCAUCUGUCCUUCACGCUUGAAACGGAGACCUCAUCAGACUGGGAGCCCCAGGAUUGGGAUUCCGGUGCCACCCGGGGGUCCCCGCGCUCCCCCCGCGCCUCCUGCAAGGCGGUGGUGAAGGGGCUGCAGGGCGGUGAGCCCAUGCAGUGGGAGAUCACCUUCGACCUCCCUGCGCUCCUCCGAGAGCGGGACGGGCAGGAGGAGGACGUGUGGAGCGAGACCUUCCACCAGCUGGCAGCCAGGGCUGUCAUCAGGGACCUGGAGCUGCUCGCCGAGAGGGAGCGCGACAUCGAGCACGGGCCGGGGAGGCGAUAUCAGCUCAACGCCAUCCACACCAGCAAGGCCUGCAAUGUCAUCAGCAAGUACACGGCCUUCGUGCCGGUGGAGCUGAGCAGCGGCACCUACCUGCCCCCCAUCAUUGAGUACAGCCACGCAGGGGUACUGUCCAAGCAAGGUGGCCAUAGGAGCCUCAGCUCGGGGCGCAGGAGGUGUCGUGGCCUUUCCUCUGGACAACCCCUGUCACCAUGCAGCCAGGAUGGAGGUGAUGGAUUUUAUGGCAUGGAUACGGAUGAGCCCAGGCUGUCACCCUGCAGCACCCCGCUGUCCUCCAGCUGGAAGCGCUGCCGCAUCCCUGAAGUGCCAUUCCAGAGCCCGUCUGCUUCUUCUGCACGUCCCCCAAGAUCCAUUGAGAGCAUCUUUGCUGCAAGACUGACCCUCCAGAAGACCAGGCUGCUGACUCGGGCUGCCAAAAGUUUCAUGAGCAAAUCUCCGGGCAGAGCGAGCGAUGCCAGCUCUGAGAGUGACAGCGAAAGCACCCAUUACCUUCCGCUGGUGUCCCUGCAGCUGGCCUGCGGUGCCUUCCUCAUGAACAGUGCCUUCUGUGAGGCAGUCAGCAUCCCCAUGGAGAAGCUCCGCUGGACUUCACCCUUCUCCUGCCACCGCUUGGCGCUCAGCCCCUCCGGCUCCUCCAGCAUGAAGAAGCCAGAGCAGCGUGGAAGCUCCGUGCACAGCCAGCAGCUCCUGGUCCCCAACAGCAGCUCUGCAUGGGACACCGGUGGUGCCAUGGAGAGCAUCUGCAAAGCUCUGAAAGCUGAGAGUGAGCUCUCCCCUCCUGCCAUCACCAUCCACCGCUCCCUGCAGAGCACGCUGGCCGAGCAGCAGGAUGCCAGCAUCUCCGAGGCAGACAGCGCUGAUGUCCAAACGCUGCUGCUGGAUAUUGAGCUGCAGAAGCAGACAGAGCCCGAGGGGAUGCUGUGGGCCACGGCUGUAGCGCUGGCCUGGUUGGAGCACAGCUCAGCCUCCCACUUCACCGAGUGGGAGCUGGUGGCUGCCAAGGCCAGCUUGUGGCUGGGUGAGCAGGGCUUCCCGCAGGGCUGCAGCCUGGCUGCUGUGAAAUCUGCAGCCCAGCAGCUCUUUGUCUUGCUCAGGCACUGGGAUGAGAACCUGGAGUUCAACCUGCUGUGCUACAACCCCGGCACUGUGUGAGGUGGGGCAGCAGGACGGGGACCUGUCCCCAAGGAUGCCCCACAGGGGCUGUGUGGGCUGACCAGGCAGCCCCCAGCUGGUUGGCAAACAGAAGCAGCCUGGCAAAAUGCUGUGCUCGGGGGUUGGUGCUUUGCCCCAGGACAGUCCCUGCAGUAAGAUGCUGGCUGUGUGCUUCUGGUUCCCAGGCAGCUCUUGCCCAUUCAUUGCUGCCAGGACUCUGUUCCCCCCCCCCAGAAAUCCAUGUAUCCCCACAUCCUCAGCUUCUCCUGUCUCAGCUAUCUCGUAGCAGAAGUGGGCAUCCCUCAGCAUUGCGUAAGGGAAACCUGCUGUGAUGGAUCAAGGAGCUGGGAGGGUGCUGCCUUGCCUUGAGCCCCAUGAGCUGCACCAGUUGCAGAUGGGGACCAUAAAUCGGGACGGUGCUGAGCUCUGCAGCCCCAAGCUGCCUUUCCAGGAGCCCAUGCAGAGCUCCUGCAGAUGGCAGUGUGCCUUAGGGGCUCCACGGCAGAGCGGGUGGGCAGGGAAAGCAGCCCCCCAGGCACCAAAUAGAGACACCCUGUGCCAAAACAGCUGGGGAGUUGUGCUCCCUGCCAAAAUGCUGCAUCCCUUGUGUGCAAUGCUCUGAUGUUGUGCUGUCGACCAACGUGUUGUCUGUGUCACUCCUUGUAGAGCUGUGGGGAGCAGAGGAUAGGCUGCAAGGGGACGUUUCCCAGCCUGAAGCAUCCUACUCCUCCCCAGAGAUCCCACCUGGAAUGUUCCAGGGAUGUGGGCACGUCAGGUUGCCUUUUCCUCCCGCAGUGUGCUUCAGGUUUCUGUGCUGUGUGUGUGUGUGCAGUGGGGGGUCCACAAGCAUCAGUGUCGCCCUGUGGGGUCUCUGUGAUAGGAUCAUUAGCACUGCUGUGUUGUCCGGGUCAAUGGGAGCCUGCCUCGUUUUGGGGUCACCCCGACUGUCUGCAACGUGGUGUGGGCUGUGCAAAAUGGGAAGAAAAAAAAAAACAGAAAAAACAAAAAAUCACCUUUUAAUUUCCUCGUUUUUGCUCAGGGGGGGAAGGAGAUGCACCUGGAGCUUCCAUGGUGCAUGGAGAACUGAUGGCUGCGGGGUUUUGUGAGCAGUUAUAUGAGUGCCUUCUCGCAGGUGUUUCCCCACCACCAUCCCAUUCCUUUCCCCACUCCCCUCCCCGCCCCACGGCUGCUCCCUUGGCCGAGCCACACGGGUGGCAAACACUCAUUUAUUCCCUUCCUCUCACCCUACCACGUGCCAGCCAAGCACCGGGCUGUGCCUGCCCACUGUUUUCUGGGCUCAUUAGCCACCUCCAGCUGCCUAAUUGGGCUGCUGAUGAGGGCCAUGGGGUCUGCCUGGCGUGGGGAUAGGUCCCCGUAGCUCUCGCUGGGUUUGGCUGGGGGCUGCAUGGAGCGUGGCUGCUGGGAUGCUGUUGCUGGAGUGACCGUGAGUGCCUCAUUAGGAGAAAUGAGUUUGAACACAGUCAUCAGCUGGAGCUUAAUAAAUGAGCCCCUCCGUGCCACGCCAAAUAAAUAUUUGCGUGGGGAGAGAGAGCGGCUUCCCCCCUUCUGGGGGGGGGAAAGUGGGCUGGAUGUUGGGAUUUUGGGGUGAGAAGCAACCCAAGUGAGGCAUCCCUGGUGCCAAACUGCAGUCCUACCCAGGGCCAGACCUCAAGCCUUGUGUUCUCCAUAGACGGGGCGCAUCAGCAGAGCAUGGGCGGGUUAUGAAACCCACCAACACCAUCCCCAUCGAGGGAUGCUUCUCGGGAGGGAUGUGGCCGCUUGGUGCCGUGGGCUCAGAGCUCCCAAAAUAGAGCCCGGGGCAGCUCCGGGUGUCGGAGGCAUCCGAGCGCAGUCAUGUGGAUGUUAUGCAAGAGUUGAUGAUAGGUUGUAAACAGCUAUUAGCGUGAUUGACGGAGCCGGGACCGAGUGUUGGGGGGGAGGAAGGGAGAGAUGAGUAAUAAUGAUUAAAAAUAAUUAG